CAGUCCAAACUACGAAACUGGACAGUGGACUGUUCAGUCAUUCUUCUGUCAAACUUAACUAAAGAAACAGCUAACAGUGAAAAAUGGCGACCGAGUCUGAACCGAGCAGUGUUUCGUUUCCGGUUAGUGGAAUAGUGAUAGCGGUGGUGUCAAGUUUCAUCAACGGCUCCACUUUUGUGCUUCAGAAAAAGGGAAUAUUACGGUCGCGCGACAGAGGAGCCUCUUACCUCACAGACGGGGUGUGGUGGAGCGGCACACUGUCCAUGAUCGUUGGUCAAAUUGGGAAUUUCCUGGCGUACAACGUGGCCCCCGCUGUGAUCGUCACCCCACUAGGAGCCCUCGGAGUGUUGUUUGGGGCCGUGCUGGCGUCUCUGAUCCUCAGGGAGCAUUUGAACAUGGUGGGGAAGCUCGGCUGUGUGUUGUGCUGCUGUGGCUCCGUGGUGCUCAUCAUUCACGCCCCUAAAGCCCAGGCUGUGACAUCCAGACUGGAGCUGGAGGACAGGCUGUCAGACCCAGUGUUUGUGGCGUACGCCCUCCUGGUGGUCCUGCUGCUAGUGGUCCUGAUCGUGUGGAUCGCUCCGGCUCACGGAUCCUCCAACAUCCUGGUCUACGUGGCCAUAUGCUCCCUCUUGGGCAGCUUCACCGUCCCCAGCAGCAAAGGACUCGGCCUGGUGGCGCCGGACGUGUUCGGGUCCGACCCGGGGAGCAGCGGCACCGGAGCUCUGCCUCUGUUCCUGGGUUUACUGGUGACGCUGGCCGUCAGCGUCCUCCUCCAGUUCUUCUUCAUCAACAAGGCCCUGCAGAGCUUCAGCUCCAACGUGUUCGAUGCCGUGUACUACGUGGCGUUCACAUGCAGCGUGAUCGUGUCCUCGGCGCUGCUCUUCAGGGAGUGGACGGCGCUGACGGCGGCCGACGGCGUGGCCAUGCUGAGCGGUCUGACCACGGUGAGCGUCGCCGUCGUGUUGCUGCGCAUCUCUCAGGAGGCUUCCAUCACAUGGAGGACCAAGAAGAAGACGCACUGAUGAAGAGGACUUCAUGUUUACACACUGACUUUUAUCAGAACAGGUUUAUACCUCAUGUCUCCAAACAGCAGUUUAAAUGAGCAAACUGUGUGUUUAAUAACUUAUUUCAUGUGUUUAUCUUCAGGCAUUCUUUAUUGGUGCAAAGGGCCGAAAGACUGAGCAAAUGAUAUAUAUAAGUAUAAUAAUUACGGUAAUAUGAAUACAUGCAUAAUAAUCAUAACAAUAAUAUUCAUAAUAUUAAUAAAGUCACCUUGUUUCACUGAACAUUUGACUUGAAUGCUUUCAGUUUCUUAUGGAACAUUUCUUAGUUACUGUGUAACUCAAGAAUAUCACCAAAAA